AUGUUCUACACUGUCGUAAUCGUUGCAUCCAUUUUUAUCAAAGCAUUCGCAAUCAGGGAAUGUUCCAAUAAAUCACCAUCUGCCGUUCCAAAAUAUCAUUUGAUCGAGAAGUGUCACCGGUCGAAGCUCGGUAUUGCGGCCAAGGCAAACUUCACUUCUCUUAAAAGCUGUAAACGACUCGGCAUCGAGAAGAGAGGUCUAGCUUUUAACUUUAGCCCUCAAGAAUACUUCAACAGCAGUGAACCUCUGGAAUAUUCUUGUGAAGUACUGAAAUGUGCAGAGGUGGUCGGUGGAUUAUCGUUGAGCAAUGACACAAGAUAUGACUAUUACAGCAUUUAUGCAAAACCCUUACCUAAUGUGAUAUCUACCUGCGUGCCGGCAACAGGAAUGUUCCUGCUUUUGCCCAAUGUAUUAAAUUACACCCAAGCACAGGCGCAGUGUCGGAAUAUCAGUGCGGUGCUAGCUGACGUGACCAGCGAACAGAGAACUGAGUUACUUGCACAAGUACUUGCUACGGCCAGUGUCGAUUCCGCUUACAUUGGAAUGAAAAGAGAUACCGAUAGAAUAUUUUACAAUACGAAUGGUGAUGCUUUAGAUUGUAUUACGUAUCGCGCCUGGGCCCCUGGUCAUCCUAAGAGAAAGUCUAACAUUACUUGCGUUUUGCUUACGCGGAACAGAAUGUGGAAGACUACAGCGUGCCAAGAUAAAUAUCCAGCUCUAUGUGAAUUAAUACCCGGUGGCCCGUACAAAAGAGGAUCAAUAUUUGCUUCAAGAACACAAAAUAAACCAUAA